AUGAGUCAAAAGAGGCAUCAACUAACUACAAAGCUAGCGAGUACACAAUGUCAAAAAUGUUUAGAACUUGGUCAUUAUACAUAUAAUUGCAAGAAUCAAAGAGCUUAUUCGGCGAGACCAACACGAACAACCUAUCUAAACAACCCAGACCUUUACAAAGAAAAUAUACUUAAAACUGCUGGUAUUACUAGUAGCAGCAGCAAGACUGACGAUAAGAAUAAGAAAAAGAAAUCAAAAGAAAAGAAUAGAAAGAAAAACAGUGACUCUGAUUCCGAUUCAGACUCUUCUUCCGAUUCCGAUUCAUCAUCAAAUAGUGACUCUGAUUCUUCUUCAUAUUCAUCCUCCUCAUCAUUAUCAUCAUCUGAUUCAGAAGAUGACAAAAAGAGGAAACGAAAGAAAUAA